UGAUAUUUCUAAUUCUUUAAAUUCAAUAUUCUAAAAAAAAUUCUUUAAAAUAUCAGUAAAGAAAGCGUAUUGCUAGGUCUGCAUGUGCCUAAUAGCUCCUUGUUCUUCGACACCACUCGACUUGCAGUCGGGACUCGGGAAUCGUUUCGUUUGGGCUUCGUAUUUCGUUUUCGGCUCGCUUCGGCUUUCGGUGUUCGGCAUUUGGGUUUCGGGAGGGGAUUAUGGGAUGGAGGAGUAUCUGGGGGAUAGGGUAACUAAGCCAUGCUGUCUGGCUGCUCUGCUGCUGCUGAUAUUUUUGCUGCUGCUGCUGCUGCUGGUAGUGCUGCUGCUUUUCUGGACUUGGGGCUUCUUCUGUUGCCGUUUGGCUGCGGUGCGUUUAAUGUCUCGCCUGCGCUGGAAGCGUCAACUCCUUUUUAUAGGACGCGCGCCACGCGUCGUAUGCGCAACGCCAACCGUGAGUUGCAAGUGAAUGAUUUGGACAUAUUCGUGGUACGUUCUGCAAUUUCAUGGCUACAAAACAGAACAAAAAGAAAGAAAUGUAUAAAAGUAAGUCACAGGCUUCAUAACGAAACUGUACCGCUGUACAGAUUUUCUUUAUGGAUUGCUUAAUAUAUAUAAUAUGCAUAUUGAAUACAAAAAAAAACAGUCCAGUAAAAGUUGGGGUAAAUAAUAUAUUUGCCAUGUCUUUGCAAAAGUUUUCGACGCAAAUGGCAACGCCCCAAUGCUUUCAAUUAUCGUGUCGUGUCGUGUCGUGUUUUGUCCAGAAAAUGUCCUUGGCAAAAAACUUUUCCGCACAUAUCCUUAGCAAAUCGCGUAGUAAAAAGUAAAAAUGGUUGGCCAAAGGAAAA